AUGAAAAAGCUUCUGGUAGCCAACAGAGGCGAAAUUGCAGUGCGCAUCUUGCAAGCUGCCCGCGAGCUUUCACCCCCGAUCCACACAGUGGCCCUGUCGACCGCAAACGACACAUCGCACUGUCUCCUCAGCCACCCAGAUGAGACCAUCUCGCUCCCCUCUGCGGCCUCCUACCUCGACAUAUCCCUGCUCGCGCAAAUCUGCCAGGAACAUGGCAUUGACACCGUUCACCCAGGCUACGGCUUCCUCAGUGAAUCCGCCGAGUUCGCCCGCCGCAUGCACCAAAUCGGGGUGACUGUCAUCGGGCCGGGGGCAGAAAUCCUCGAGCGAACAGGCGAUAAACUGCAAGCCAAAGCGCUCGCUGCGUCGUGCGGGGUACCAGUCCUCCCGUCUCACUCCGCGCAAUCUCUCGACGAGAUCCGCGCGUUCGUCGAGAAAGUCGGGUACCCAGUCAUGAUCAAAGCAGUCGACGGGGGCGGCGGACGGGGCAUCCGGCUGAUCCACCAGCACCAAGCAUCCGAGCUGGCAAAUCUGGCAGCCAGAGCGCGGAGCGAAUCCCCCUCGCAGACCGUCUUCGUCGAAAAGGCCGCCGUGGACGGCUUCCACCACGUCGAGGUGCAGGUCCUCGGCGACGGGACAGGGACCGUCCACCACCUGCACGAACGAGAUUGCAGCGUGCAGCGGCGGUUCCAAAAAAUUGUCGAGUGUGCCCCGUCUCUUCUGGACCGGUCUAUCAUAGAGAAAGUAAUCGAUGCGGUGCUGCGCAUCGCCCGCUCCAUCCGGUACCGAUCGCUCGGCACGUUCGAGUUCCUUGUAAGCGAGAGCACACCCGAAUUCUACUUCCUGGAGAUCAACCCCCGGCUGCAGGUAGAGCAUACCAUCACCGAGGCCGUAACGGGGGUGGAUCUCGUGCAGGCGCAGCUGCGGUUAGCGCGGGGCGAAUCUCUCCAGGAAAUCCUGACGGAGUCUAUUUCGACACCCUCAGCACGAUCCAUCCAGCUCCGUCUCUGCGCCGAAGAUCCUAGCGCCAACUUCGCGCUGAGCAUCGGCAAAAUCACUGACUUCUUCGUGCCACCCGGCCACGGUGUCCGCGUCGACACACACCUCGCCCCCCCGGUAACCGUCGCCUCGGACUUUGACAACCUCCUCGCGAAAAUCAUCGUCACAGCUUCGAGCUGGGAGUCUGCCGUGCGGAAGGCGCGGCGCGUGCUGAACGAUACCCGUAUCGAAGGCGUCAGGACGAACCUGCCCCUCCUCCGGGGGAUUGUCUCAAGCGAGGACUUUCUAACGGGGAGGAUCGACACGCAGUGGCUGGAGAGGAACCUCCCGUCUGUUUUGGCAACAGGCGAACGCAUCUCUGCUUCUCUUCCCUCGUCGCACCAACCAUCCAAACCGGCGUUCCAGCUGCCGACAUCAUCCCUCCUUUUCCGCCGUGGCGACGCAUGGAGCAUCUCCCUCUCCGCGUUAUCCUCAACCUCAGCCCCGACCUCAAAAGACCAGCCUGAAAUCAGACAUCACCUGCGUCUUUCCCGCAUCCUCCGCAAUGACUUCCCCUCGUCCCUAACCGCCGAAAUAGAGUACACCACGCCCGCGGCCUCUAUCCCAUAUAAACUACACCUCGCAGCCACAGGCGCAAACACCGCAGCCAGCUCCUUGGUCUCGGGCCAUCGCCGCGGCGACCCGUCCAACCCGCGGCAUAUCGUGCUGCCGCUAUCGGGGAAGUUGAUUGAGGUGCUGGUUCGGCCUGGUGAGGUUAUUGCCAAGGACCAGGUUGUUGCGUUUGUCAAGCAGAUGAAGAUGGAGCUGGAGGUGCGGAGUCCGCAUGCGGGACGCGUAAAGUGGGUUUAUGAGGUUGGGGAGGGGGAGGAGGAUGUAGUCGAGGGGAUGUUGCUUGUUGAGCUUGAGAUUGACUCUGCCUCUGGGGGUGUGCCUAAGGGGAAGCUUUGA